UCUAGACUCUAGUCAAAGUGUCCGAAUCCGACACACACCCUGCAUCCAUACCAGUGUCGCGUCGAGACAAGUUCGCCUGCAAAAAUGAAGAGUUCGCACAACAUAGUCGACAACUUCGCCGGUGUGUAAGACUCAUAACCUUCUACUCUGGCCACCAACUGUUGGUAGUAGAAAACUAAAUUUUAGGUACAAAAAUUUCAUUCACGUACAUGACCAAAUCCCGGAGCUUUUUGUCCUAACUCCGACAAAGAAGAUAUAAAGUUUUGAUUCCAUGUAAAAUACAGAGACAUUGGUUCAAUUUCCCUUAAUAUAUUGUUCCAAUAACAACAACUAUUUGAAGGUAUACAAGUAAAUCUAUCUUAGGAAUAAAAAUCAAGUAAAUCUAUCUAAGGAAAUAAAAUUUUAAAAAAUCCUAAAUAUCUUUCUCUAUGAUUGUGCUAUGUAUUAUAUGUAAACAUGUCUAAGUAAAUCCCAUUAAGCUCUUAAUUCCGUCCACUUGAAAGAUACCUGUCAUAGGACAACCCAACAAACAUAAAGGGAAAUGUGUCUUGCAAAGAAAUAGAAAAAUCAUUCAAACCCUAGCAAACCUUUCUGCACCCAAAAGAUAGAUCUACGGCUUUGCAAAAGGCCCUUCCCUUGUUCAAGAGAAAGCGAGGACUUUCUUUUAGCUACCGGCCCAAACAAAAGAGAUUAGCCUCUUGAUCGAUCGAUUGAUUGGAUCGAAGUACGAAGGGGUUGAUUGAAGUCUGAGAUCAGCCCAAGACUAAGCCGAGCUGCUGGGUACAAAUAAGCCAGUUAUAAGACGAGUAGGCAGGGUGUUAGGCUAGUUCCAGUGGGGUACGUAAACGAGUAUAGGUCCACUGUUCCUGUUCUGGUUGUUCCGAAGGUUCCCGACUUUCUCCGCUUUCCGCAACCGUAAUCACUUGUCAUUCCGAUUACUUCAUCCAUAAACCUUUUUUUUAUUUCAAAAUAGCGAUACGCUCUAAAAAAGUAAAGGAGAAGCUUCCAUUCUAGAAGCGGUAGCUUCCCGCCUCCCUCGGGGUAAGAAGUUCCUUUCCCUUUUCUAAAAUGCCUGAGGGGUCUGCUCAGCAAACGUACAAAGUUGAAGAGACAAAUCACAAAAUGAAAAGAGUUGAAGAUCAGAGUCGAAUCAGUAAGUUGCCCGAUUCUCUUCUUAUUCUAAUUCUCUCACUUUUGCCAACAAAAGAUGCCUUCACAACAUCUGUUCUCUCAAAAAGGUGGGAGCAUUUAUGGCCUUCAAUUGAUAGCUUCUUUUUCUCUUGUAAAGAUAAAUCGCAAAGGACAAACUUCAUAUCCUUUGUCGAUUACAUAUUAGAUCAUUCUACUUGUUCAAAAAUUAAAAACUUCCAUUUGAAUUUCACCCACCUAUCCAAAUACGAGCAACCAGUCGGUUUUGUUGAUGACAUUGUAGAUUUCACAAUUAGCCGAUGGGUUCCUACUGAUGAGGUGAAAAAUAAGAAUAAAUUAUUGUUCCCAAUCUCCCGAUGGCUUGAAACUGUUGUUGAAAAGAAUGUUGAAAAUAUUAUACUGUUGUCAGAUUCAUAUGAGAAUGACUCUAUUGACUUGCCUGACACUAUCUACAAGUGUUCUUCCUUGAUAACAUUAGAUCUCACUUGUUGUAUUCUUGACAAGGAAGUCGUCAUAGAGUGGAAGUCUUUAAAGACCCUACGGUUGAAUGACAUAACCUUAGAUGAUGACAGAAUUGUAAACAUACUCUCAGGUUGUCCUGCUUUGGAAAUCCUUGAAUUUCUUGAAUUCUCCGGAUUCCGUCAUAUGGAAAUUAGUUCUUCAAAUUUAAAGAGGCUUAAGUUCAAAAAUCAUUUGUCGUACGAUAACUCUGAUGAUCUCUCUUUGGAUAUUUUUGCCCCACAUGUUCAACAUUUGGAGAUCUCUGGAUAUAUGUAUGAUCUCAGGUGUAGGCUAGUAAAUGUAUCAUCUCUGGUCAGUGCGAAGCUUACUUUCCAAAUGAACUGGACUUGGUUUGAUCAAGGUCCUGAUGAGCAUCAAGUUAUAAAGACACUCAUCGAAGAUUAUCUUCAAAAGUUGAGAAAUGCAACUGAGUUAACUUUUGGGACUUGCUUCAUCGAGGUACUGACGCAGUUUGAUAAGAUGUCACUUCCAGAAUUGAAAUGCAAGUGUCUAACUCUGGAUUGGCAUAUCACAGAGCCUUAUUUCUAUGGAGCAGCUAUCAUGUUGCGAGCCUCGCCUCAUGUGGAGACACUCAACAUAACCAUGGAAACUACUUCUUUGGAUCUUGAGCAAUGCCCAUUUGAAUUGGGAUAUUUGGCCAAAGAACAUAAUAUUCAUUUCCUGUCAAGCUUCGAGUUUCCCAACCUUAAGAAUGUCAAGGUUGUCAAUGCUUCCAAGAUCUGCUUGAAGGAGCAUCUUGAAUGGGAUAAUGAUGAUCUUUUCAAACUUUCAGAAUUUCUACUAAAGAAUACAAAGGUUUUGGAGAAAUUCGUAAUAAUAUCAAGGAGAAAAAAUUGUAGUAUCUGUUCAAUGGACUGUGCUUUUCAAUAUUCAUCUCGAUUGGCUACGAAAUUGGUAUGUUGCCCAAGAUCCUCUACCAGUUCUAUGAUCAUUUGCAAAGAGGGAGCUUUCUGUGACUAGAUUGCAAGUUGUUUUCUGUUUCAGUACCAACAAUGUUACUUUAUAUUUAGUUUUUGAUUUACUGUUGGUGAAAAUCUUGAAUUUGUCUAUGUAACUAAUGACUCUUUGUUCUUGUUAUCAUGUCCUUGUGACA